GUGGGCGAAGCAACCGCGCGCAAUUGGACCCUGCGUUGUCAAGAGCGAACAUGGCACUCAUCAGGACGAUCGCCCUCGUGGCACUCCUUAUGGUGGGCGUGGCGCUGGCACAGGAGCAGACCACAGCUGCAAGUACAACCAGCGGUAGUAACGAUGCUGCGGUUCGUUGCGCCAACUCCACCGACAACACAGAAUGUCUGCGUCGGGCCGAAGUGUGCCGAGCCAUGUUCAACCGCACUCACACAUACGACCGCAUGGUACAAUCCAUUCGCGAUUGUGCUGAACAACUCAACAUAACUCUGCCCACACCAGCUCCUCUACCGGCCAACAAUAGUUCAGAUCCCGACAGGAGGUACUAUAACCAACUUAAACUUUGGUUCCGUGCAAGGCCUCAGGUGAAGCAACAGAUCUUCAGCUGUGCGCAUCAGAGUAUGUUCAACAACGACGGACUCCGAGACGCGAGUACCUGAAGACCCGCGUUGUGGUGUGGGUGGGCGAGGAAGAAACCAUCCUGGCCGGGCUGUUAAGGAGUAACAUCGACAGUUGCUCAGCGCCGUCGCGUCAGGCGUACCUAUCCUGUGUCUUCGAGGCCUGCUACACUCCUUAGGGAUGGAUCUCAAGAAGUUGCCUUAGAAAAAAAACUCCAUUUUCACCGGAAUAACAUCAAGACGAACGCUUAUAUUCGGAGACGCUUCGGACACCAUAAUUGGAGAGCUGGGCGGGCAUCAGCCAAUCGCCGUUGAGGUCUCCCGCGCCGCAGCCAAUCAUCGUCGAUCUCCCUCGCGUCGCAGCCAAUCAUCGUCGAUCUCCCUCGCGUCGCAGCCAAUCAUCGUCUCCUCGCGUCGCAGCCAAUCAUCGUCGAUCUCGCUCGCGUCGCAGCCAAUCAGAGCCGAGGUGUCAAUGUUUAUACUUUUUCCCGCCACUAUUUUUUUUCCUUAAGUCUGUCUACGCUUUAAUCAUUAUUGAAAUUCAAUUAAUUAAUAAAGGAGGUACUGCACUAACAACAAUACUUCGAUUUCCUUUAUUAUUUUCCUUGUUUUUACUUUUCAUUUCGUGGAAACGAUAAAUGUGAAUUAUCAAAA